UAAAGCCAAGCUCUGUAGACAAACACCGCAGCAGUAUUCAAGGCAAACCAUGUUGCGAUGGUUGUUCAUUUCCGUUGCGAUUUCCUUCGCCUCAUCAAUCAAAAUCACUCUGAUGAAUCAGCCGGGCUUACGAUUAAGUUUGGAGACGAAUAUUAACGGAGGCAUUAGUAUUAUAUCAGAGAGAAGAGGUGUGGCAUCCGUGCUCUCAGUAAUAGGCUAUUUUACGGGCCCUGAAAUCGAAGUUGAUCCGCGCUUAAAUAAUGUUGCUAUAAAAUUCACUAAUAACACCUCAGUCAAAAUAACAGCCACGAACGUUAUGCGACCCAGAAAAGGGGUUGUAGUAUUUGUUGACUGGGAAGCGCCUAGUGAUAUACGCUUAGGAGACUGCAUUAAUUUAGAUUCAAAUCAUUGGUACGGUGGACCUCAGCAAAAGCGUCAAUUUUGGCCGAUUGAGAAGCUCGUUCUUCCAGACUAUUCUUAUAUAACGAAGGAAGCAGACAAUUGCGGUGUCGCAGAGCCAUAUUGGCUCAGCUCUAGCGGAACAUUCUUCUUCUUUGACAGAAAUGUACCAUUAUUCGUUGAUCAAAAUACGAUUGUAAGAAAUGCAGCAUGUUUCAUAGCGGAAAUUAAGCCUCCUUACACAAAACGGAGGAAUCGCAAUGAUUUGGAUUACGUGAUCGGUAUAUUCGACGAUGUAAGACAGGCCCAUGAGUACGCCGUGGAUGUAAUUCUGAAGAAACCAAAAGGUCAUCCCGACGAAAGAAUGUUAACGCACCCGAUCUGGUCGACAUGGGCGAGACACAAGCGGAACAUCAGCCACGAUGUCGUUCUGAAAUUCGCUGAUGAAAUAACUGAACAUGGAUUUCCUAACAGUCAUAUUGAAAUUGAUGAUUUGUGGGAAAAAUGUUACGGAUCUCAAACGGUGGACGCGCGGCGUUUCCCCGACAUGAAGAGCACCGUCGACGCUCUCAAAGACAAAGGUUUCCGGGUAACACUGUGGACGCAUCCAUUUAUUAACAAAGACUGUGAGCCCUGGUACACCGAAGCUAAAGAAAAGGGGUAUUUAGUGGUGUCCGAGUCUGGUUCAGUAGAAACUAGCUGGUGGAACGAUAAUGGUACAACCACUGCUUACAUUGACUUCUCUAACGAAGAGGCUCGCAAGUGGUAUGUCGACAGAUUGAAGAUACUUCAGCAGGCUUAUGGCAUUGACAGCUUUAAAUUUGAUGCUGGGGAAUCGAGCUGGUCCCCUCAGAUUCCAGUCCUAAACGGCAAUGUUCUAGAGCAACCCGUCAGCAUCACAGAAGCUUAUGUCAGAACAGUAGCUGAGUUCGGAGAUCUAGUUGAAGUACGGUCGGGUUACAGAACCCAGGACCUUCCCGUGUUCGUUAGAAUGAUCGACAAGGACUCAUACUGGACCUUCGAGAACGGUCUCCCUACGGUGGUCACGACUCUGCUUCAGAUGAACUUGAACGGCUACCCGCUGGUUUUACCCGACAUGAUAGGAGGAAACGGAUAUAACGCCCCUCCCACCAAGGAACUGUUCAUACGCUGGCUGCAGGCCAACACAUUCAUGCCCAGCAUGCAGCUUUCUUACGUACCGUGGGACUUUGACAACGAGACAAUCGCCAUUAGUAAGAAGUUCAUCGACCUUCACGCAAAAUAUGCUCCGGCGAUAAUAGCAGCGUGUCGCCGUGCGGUGACGAUGGGCAGUCCGGUCAACACGCCCGUGUGGUGGGUGGCACCGCGAGACCCCACCGCGCAGGAGAUAUGGGACGAGUACAUGUUGGGGGAAGACAUCCUCGUGGCGCCGGUGCUGGCGAGGGAGGCUCGCGUCCGCGACGUGUACCUGCCCCCGGGCUCGUGGUGGGCUCAAGGGGACCCGAGCCGGGUGUACCCGGGCGGAGAAUGGAUCAGAGACUACCCCGCGCCGCUUGACACUCUACCUUACUUCGUGAGAACGUCCGCCCCCGCGAUAUAAUACACAAGACAAACUAUAUUUGUAUUUGACACAUGUCAUGUCGCGUCUAAUAUAAUCUGUAUCUGAGAAUUCAGUCGUAACGUAAAUAAUGGCUGUUAAGAAAUAUUAUUUAACACGAAUGCUAACAGAUGAAAUGUUACAUUAAGUAGUGAUAUGUGUUUAUUUAUACUAAUAUAUAAUUAAUAUAGUUUUAAGAGUUAAUGUCUGAAUUAAAAUUUUCAACUGUCCGUUUUGUUUGACGAAGCAGGCUGGUGUCGGAACACUAAUGAACAUACUCAUCAAAGGCACAUACAAUCCUCUUUAUAUGCGAAAUAAAGAUUUAACACAUCUAAUUUAUUAUAUACAGGGCAUGAGAAGGUUGGCAGACGUAAGGAAGAAAUAAAAAAUAUGUCAUAUAAUGAUAGUUUAAUUCUUAUUAACAACAACUUCCUUGACGAGUCCUCUGCCCAGUAUCUUAAAGUCUUCCACGAUAGCGUCCAAGUUGACUCUAUAAGGGGUCUCUGUGCCGCCGGCCGCAGGUCUCAGUGCGUUGGCGUUCAGUACCUGGCAGAUAUCAUGUGUUAUGUGAAUUAAAAUGUUUCAUGUACCAGAAA